GGAGUUGUUUGCGGAAAAAUGGCGGCGCCCACCGGAGAUGUAGAAGUCGUGACUAAAAAGCCAGCAGUGCGAGGUCCGAGGAGGGUUGCCAAUCAGAUUCCUGAUGAGAUUCUCAAAGACCCAGAGCUUCAAGAGGCUAUUCGUGUCCUGCCUGCCAACUACAACUUUGAGAUACACAAAACGGUGUGGCGGGUGAAACAGGCAAAAGCCAAAAGAGUGGCCUUGCAGCUGCCUGAGGGGCUGCAGAUGUUUGCCUGUGUGAUCGCUGACAUCAUAGAGAAGUUUACAGGAGCAGACACACUGGUGAUGGGGGAUGUGACGUAUGGGGCCUGCUGCGUGGAUGACUUCACUGCCCGUGCCCUGGGAGCUGACUUCAUGGUGCACUAUGGACACAGCUGUCUGAUCCCAAUAGAUGCCACGGCUGGAAUAAAGAUGCUGUAUGUGUUUGUGGACAUCCAGAUGGACACAGCUCACUUCCUGGACACACUCCGCUUCAACUUCCCCCUAGGACACUCCCUCGCCCUCGUCAGCACCAUCCAGUUUGUGGCCGCUCUGCAGGCGGUGAGUGCGGAACUGAAGCCGGAUUAUGAGGUGUUGGUGCCUCAGUGUCGGCCGCUGUCUCCAGGGGAGAUCCUAGGCUGCACCUCGCCUCGCCUGGACAAACAUGUUAACGCCAUCAUAUAUCUGGGUGAUGGAAGGUUUCACUUGGAAUCAAUCAUGAUCGCCAACCCAGACAUUCCUGCUUACAGGUAUGAUCCAUACAGUAAGGUGUUCUCUCGGGAGUAUUAUGACCAUGAGGCCAUGCGGGCCAGCAGGCUGCAGGCUAUAAAGAGGGCGCAGUCAGCCCAGAGAUGGGGCCUCAUUCUAGGCACGCUAGGACGGCAGGGAAACCCCAAAAUCCUGGAGCAUUUAGAGAAUAAGCUGGAGGCUUUGGGCAGGUCGUUCACCAGGGUGCUGCUCUCUGAGAUUUUCCCCAGCAAGUUGGCUCUGAUGGCAGAUGUCGACGCGUGGGUACAGAUCGCAUGUCCUCGUCUGUCAAUUGAUUGGGGCACGGCGUUCUCCAAACCCCUGCUGUCUCCUUACGAGGCAGCAGUAGCCCUGCAGCAGAUAGGAUGGCAGGAGGUAUAUCCCAUGGAUUUCUACUCCAAUCAGAGCCUGGGGCCUUGGGCCCCCAAUCACCCAGACAACCAACCCAAACGGCCUGCACGCAAACAGCCGCAGAAGGCAGUCUCACACUGUGUCCAGCAGGGCAAGAGUGGUAACUGGGAGCAGAGCACCCCCUGCAGCUGCCAGACAGAAUAACACUUAGCAGCAGCAGCAGCCAACCACAGCGCAGCGUCUGCAGGAGACAGCCAAUCAUAAGCCUGCGCUUGGCUCUGUUGUCAGAGCACUGUGGAUAUCAGCCUUACACCACUCUCUCUUCCCACAAAGCACUACAUCAAACCAGCCCCCCUAUCAGACUACAACAAGAGUGUGUUUCUCUGUGAGUGGGUUGUGUAUAUCUGUGUGCAUGUGUGUGUGUGUGUGUGUGUGUGUGGAAGAGAGAGAGUUGACCCUGAGUGCACAUUGUUUGUUUCAGAUUGCAGCAUGUGGGCUGCUAGUUAAAUGCAAUCAUCUUGUCUCUGGGCGAAAAAGGAGCUGCCAAACACUUUGCAUUGUGUUGACCUUCAUACAUUCUAUUGAAGGCAAAAAUUGCAGGAAGGAAUGAAAGUGUGCACAGACAGAGAAAUAUAAUACACUUUUUUUCAAGCUGCCCCGCUAUUAUGCCGUUAAUGCUUCUGUACCACAAAGAGCUCCAUAUGUGAAACUUGGAAUAGGUUGUACAUUAAUAUUUUUUUAUGCAAAAUAAAACAUUAAAUGGAGCUAAAUUAAAUAUUAUUGAAGGAAUUCUUAUUCUACAGCACAUCCUCACAAAGAAAAUAAUUUAAAUUCCACAUUGGAAUGUUUUCGUAUGGGUGAUGACUCAACACACAUUCAUUAUGCACUAAAGAAGCUGGCUGUGUGCAGAAUUAGUUGAAGCCCUUUAUGUAAGCCAAAUUAGACUGAUUCUCUUAAGAUCCCAUACAUUUACAGUAUAUUACAGUAUAAAGGAAAUCUGCAUGCUACAGUAAAGUUUAUAUUG